AUGGACUUUUCAGCCGCUGCUAGUCCAGAUCUGAAGACAAGCCGCCCGUCCUCGCUGCUGUGGGUGCAGGAAGAUGUGGCCGGGAGCUUGAUGAAUCCAAAGGGGAAAGAAAAAGGGCGAAAGGAGAACAACAGGGGCAACAAGAAAACGAAGCAGCAGCAACCGGUUCAUCAACGAGCAAACAAGGGGGUAAACUCGGGAAAUGAAGCGAGUAGAAGGAAUUCAUAUGCUAGCCAGACACGGGAAGCCACGGCCUACGAUGACGACAAGGAUGUGGUGAUGAUGGACUAUACCACCACCCCCGGUAACAACAGCAGGAGACACUCUGCCACCGUGUAUGACUCGGACCGCGACGCAGCAAGACAUCCAGCGAGGCCGCAGCAGGAAAUUGCCCGCGUCAAACAUAACAAGGUGGAACAAAAAUAUCGCAACCGACUGAAUGCCCACUUUGAAGCACUUCUCGACGUACUUCCGCCCUCAGCGGCCCUUCCUACCGAAGACGGCGGGUUUACGGUCAACGACACAGAGCAUCAUCCCCAGCCACUAGUCCUGGGAAGCAGUACUACUGAUAUGGUUGAUCUCGGGAUUCCGGAAAAGGAACGCCGAGUAAGCAAGUCCGAAGUCCUUGACCGCGCGAGGUUGUACAUCCAGACGUUGGAAAACGAGCACAAGCGACUGGCGGCGGAGAAGAAGCAGUUAAGAAAGAUGUGGGAUGAGUAUGGGAAUGGGAAUGGUAAUAGAGAAAAAAUGUGA